AAGAAUGGAACUGAUUAAAGUGGAAAAAAGUACUACUUUUCAUACACUAUAUAUAUUAGAUGAAGCACGUCCAAAAAUUCAUAAGCCAACCUCAUUAUUCUCUCUCAAAAAUAGACUGGACGCCUGCGAGUUAUUGUCAAGUAGUUAUUUCAAGAAAUGGACAUGGCUUUAUCCAUGGAUAAUAUUGUUAUAUCCAAUGAAGGGGAAAAUUCAUUCAUGAAGGCUUUGAACCUUCCUGCUGGUUCAUAUCUUAACAUGGUCUUAAAAGCUUCCAUUGAACUUGGUUUAUUUGAGAUUAUCGCAAAAUCUAGCACUCAUCAACUAUCUUCUUAUGAAAUUGCAUCUCAAAUUCCCACGAGAAAUCCUAAAGCCCCACUUGUUCUUGAAAGAAUUCUAAGGUUUCUUGCAAGUCAAUCUUCUCUCACAUGCAAUAUUACAAAGGAUGACGAUGGACAUAUUCACACAUCAUACAAUUUGAUACCUUUGAGCCAAAGUUUUAUCUCAGAUAAAGAUGGAUCAUCAAAUGCUCCCCUUUUACUCCUGAUUUCAGAUCCUGUUGCUGUUAAUUCUUGGUAA